AUGAAGCUGUGGGCCGUUUCUUCCCUGCCCGUUUACACGGAACAAGGUGCACGAGGCAGGUCGGAGAACAGAUCCAAGUCCUCUUCAGUUUCCGUCACUACUGCAAACCACCGAGUUGCACCAACUUCAUCCAUAACAACAACUCCAACACCCACCACUUUGCCGGUACCGGCUUUCGCUCCUUCAAACAACGGCCACUUGCUACAUUACGAUCCUUCCGACUACAUCCACAACGAGCUUCUGGAGCCAUCCCUCAAUGGCCCGCCGUCAGCAGAGGGCAUUCGACAGCUAAGCAAGCAAAUGAAGAAGGUCUCCCAGAAAGACAAGCAUCUCAGUCACCACACAACCUCAUCAGGUUCCUCCUCGCUACGCUCUUUAACUUCAACCGACUCACCCAGUACCGACGGGGCUUUCAGUCUUUCGAGAAAAUCUUCAGGACGAUCUACGAACAGCCACACCAUGCCGAACAAGGACCGCCCCGAGAGCGUCCAGAUCUUUGGCAAGACGCUCUUUAACCGACGAGGCAGGCUGAAGCGUGAGAGCAGUUCUCAGAAUCUGUAUUCGGCCGAAACGGGCAGUGAUGCCAAUCUGCCGCUCCACCCCACCUCGCAGCCAGCGCCAACGUCAGCCCCUUCAAGGGACUCGUCCAUCCCGGCCUUCUUCAGUCGCCGCCGGACCAUCAAGGCUGAGAAUGCCGAAGACUCUGUAGGCCAGAGGAAGAUUCAGAUCUCUGGGCCGUACAACUUCCAGCAUGUGGCACAUACCAAGAAGGGCAGCAAUGUCGAUGACCUGCACUUCUCCGACUUCUCAUCCGACUCGCUUCCCCUUGCUGAUGUUGAUCUGCCACCCUCGCACCGCCCUCCUUCCAUGUCCGCCAAGCAGACAUCACCUCGACGGCUCAUCAAGCACGCAAAGUCGCAGGAUUCGAUGAGCAUUGCGCCUCCCCGUCCUCCCAGGUCUCCGAUUGAGGAGUCCAUUCCAGUUCCCCCCGUUCCCGGCAUCCCGCCACGAGUGUCCAGCCGCAUUUCCACACCGGCAGAUGGCCUCGACCCAUUCACCUUGGGCCGGCCGCAGACAAGUACCGGAUUCCGUCAGGCCCAACCACUUGCUCUCGACACAGAAAGUCCCACUCCUCCGGUGACAUCCCACGGACACACCCGCAUGACGAGUGUUCCUGACAAUGACCUCAACUGGCCGUUGCCCGCCCCGGCGAAUCCCGCGUUUGAUGCCGUCCCGCUAGCAAAUGUGCUCGAGGAGGACUCUUCCAUCGUGAAGCCAUCCCGCGCUAGCGUCAUCAGCAACUCGUCGCUCCGUGCCAGCCAGUCGGUCCCGAUGCUCCGGGCUUUCUCUCCACGACAGGGCUAUGAUCACCACAACCGUGAACCCAGCGAUAGCUUCAGACCAUGCGCCCUAGCGGACGCCCAGCGAGCGCUAGUGUCCGCCCUAGAUGAGAUCAUCGGAGGCGAUCCUUCGCUUUCGCGGGAGAGCUGGGAGGACGACAUCGAUUACUGCUACGAACACGCCGCCGAGGCGGACUGUGACUACGAAUGGGACCGCCCAUCGCUGGACAUCAGCCGGGACUUUGGAAGCACAGCGCCCAUGGAGUACCCUUACCACCGCAAGAAGCUGUCAUGCGACCCCAGUGCUUCCAUGCUCACUCCGGCCCAGCUGGACAUCCCCUCCCUAAGCCCAGUCAGCCUCAACUCGGCCACUACAGCACACGAAGCCAUCACACCAACAGGAAUGACGGCCGGCCCCCCGCCCACCUUCACCCACAGCCACAAAACCUCCAACUUCUCUCUCCCGCGGAUCGAAGCUCCUAUCCGCUCCGCCUCUUCCGAACGGCUUAAAACCCCCGAGCUGCACGCGCGCAAGCCCUCGGACGCCUCCAGCUUCAAGGAAUCGCACGGCUUUACCCUCUCCCCCUCGCUGCUGAUCCCCACCGAUUUUCAGCGACAGAUGCGCUUGGACUCCCUCGACGAAGUCUCAGGGGCCGGAGCUGAAGGAGACUUCAGCGACUGCCGCGGCGAAUACCCUUUUGCCACCCACACCUUCUGCGAGCCCGGCAUCUCGUCGUUAAAGUACAAUCCGCAUCGUGCCUCUGCUUCGACAACUGCCACGCUCGAGAGCAUCAAUUCGGGCCGACACGUCUCGACGGCUUCCAUCUCGACUGACUUUACAAGGUUGACGCUGAGCACUAAUUCGCUCGUGGAUAUGGAGAACUGCAAUUACGAGUCGCCCAUUUGCGAGUUUCCGAACGGCAACAACCACGUCCGAUCUGAGAGCGUCAGCGCCAAGGGCGCCGCCAUGCCUCCUGUGCCCGAGUUUGAGGAGAUCUCUGACGAGUCCCUCCGCCGGGGCGAGAGUUUUCCUAACCUUGUCGGAUUGGCUCAGGAUAGUGCUGAAGCACCAGUAACAGGCUCGAAGCGAAAGGAUUCGAUGCUGGGGCUGCAGAGGCCAGGCAGAGGCCGCGCAAGGACAACUAGUCUCAGCACGCCACCGCCCCCGAACCAGUUUUCGCUAUUUCCCAAUGUGAAGUUGACGGGACCUCAGAUCUAGUUCCGUUCAGCCAGAAAAGGAGAUAGGACAAUGAUCAAAGCCAAGUUUGGCAAAACAGUCCUUACCAAGCACCAACACUGCCAUCACUACCAUUACUACCAUCAACAUCCCGGCGCACCGAAUUGU